AUGAACACUGACAACACUGACGAUAACAUGAACUCUGACAACACUGACGAUAACAUGAACUCUGACAACACUGACGAUAACAUGAACUCUGACAACACUGACGAUAACAUGAACACUGACAACACUGACGAUAACAUGAACUCUGACAACACUGACGAUAACAUGAACUCUGACAACACUGACGAUAACAUGAACACUGACAACACUGACUACAACUGA